GCGGCGUUUUUGUUCUCGAACUCAUAAAAGUAAAAAAAGAACAUUCAGAGGACAACAUACAGAUGUUCUCCAGCAAGAAACUGUAUUUCUUGAAAUAUUGAAAUACAGGGAUAUCAUUGUAGGGAUCUUCGCUUCGUAAAACAACUGAAAUGGAGGUAGAAAGAGGACCUGUUGGAACGAACUCGAAUUUGCUUCAAAUUGCCGGUAAACCGCCAAAACCUUUUCCUCGAACUAAGAGACAUUCCCUUCACUCUGGCGAGUCUUUGGCACGUUUUAACAAGCUAACAAGACAUUCUAGUCAACCCAGACUGCGAAGGGACAAUGUUUCAGGUUCAUUGAAUAAUCUGUCUCUUGACAGUUCGCAAAGAUCAGUCAGCCUUGCUCAAUUGAACGUUCAGUCGCUCGCUGCUACAGGAAAGACUCUGAGCGCCAGUAAUCUGGCAGCAGUGUCCGACUCUAACCUUUCUAUAAAGGAGGCCGUACUGCCACGAAGCUAUGAUCAACCGAACUCUGCCAAUUCAUAUGUGAAAAGGCAUUUUGAACUCAUUGUUAAGAGGUAUUACUUGCAGUUGACAAUGGGCUGCGGCUACGAACAGUGUACUAAUAGAUUUUGCAGGUCUGGCGAAUUAGGUUCAAAAUUUACCCCUCAAUUAGCAGCCAUUGUGAGUAUUGAGCUUGCCUCUCGUAAUCGACAGUAUUUCUGUGUGGAGGAGACAAAUAAGCCAUUACCAGCUGGUUUAUUUGAUGGCAAUCCAGAUGAACCAAAACCAUUUUUGCACUGUCUCUUCUCCACUACCCCAUUUCAGUCACUAUUUGAAUUCAGUGUACUGUCAAAUCUGUCCCGCUCUAGCAGUCAUGUAACACUCAAGGGAUCUCUUACUAACUUAAAUCACUUAUCAAAGGAGAAAUCACUGUCACGAUCAAGUCUGAGAAUACAAAGCCACCCAGACUUACUCUCAAGUCAAUUGAAAGAACUUGAAGAUGGUCAGGAUUGUCUUAGUAACAAGCAAUUGGCUUCAAGCAGUAGUCUAAAAACAGACAAUAAAAGCCCUUUAGCAAGCAACUCUUUCAAUCUUGAUGUAGAGUUUUCAAAGGUCAAUUUAUCAGGGAACUUGGUGAAAGAGCAAGAGUUUGGAGACUUACCRUGGGAAUUACAUGGUUCCACUACAUCACUUAAUGAAUUAGUCUCUCUUGAGCAGUUUGAAGCUGAUUGUGCAUUGGAAAUGUCUGGUUAUGUACAAGAAUUUUCCUUGACUCAUUUAACUCUUGACAUGUUGCAGUCAUCCAUUGACAAGUAUAAUGAAUGCAAAGAUCCAGCUUUUCUUAUUAAUACAAUAAGGACGGUGUUUACAUCAGUAGAAGCAUUGAAUGAGAGCUUUAGAUUAGAAGAUCACAUUAACAACAAUCUCAAGUUUAAUGAUCUUGAUGUAGAUGCAGUACGUACAGCAUACUCUCUUCUUCUCAGCUUACAACCAAAAGAGGCAUUUGUUGGUCCAUUACUCAAUGCCGUAGAGAUUCACCUAGUGACACUUGAUUCUUUGCUAGUCAACCCCGACGAGGUGUAUCAGUUGGUGAUAUUAAUGGAGAACCCUCUUCUCCAUACAAGACAGGAAUUAUUGCGUAAACUUUGCUCAGUUCUCAAUAAAUUACCUCAAGACACAAGGUCUGCUUUGGUGUUGAUUUUGUCUCGGUACAGCAGUCAUGGGUUUAACUGUCUUAUUCAGGUUUUUCACACGUUCUUUGGGAAACAUAUUCAUCCAAGUCAAACUACAGAGCCUCAUUUGAUUGAAAUCUGUAAGGUAAUGGCCAUAUUUCAUGAUGCAUUUCAAACAGCUACAAGUGAGUUGUCAAAUCCCCAUCACGACUUGUCAGAGUCAUUGUUCUAUUCUGAUGAUCUGUCCAAGAAAGUGGACUUCAAGAAAGAAUAUGAAGCAUGGCAAGCAAUCAAAAGCAAUUCAGAUGUUUGUGAGGAUGAAAUGUCUUUACUAGAAUUUCCUUUCCUAUUUGAUCCUGCUUCAAAGGUGCGUGUUAUGCACAUUGAUGCAGUUUGGCAAAUGCGUGCUGAGUAUCAAAAUGCAAUAGUGCAUCAAGCAAGAGUACAACAAGCACAGAAAAUAUUUGACAGAGCUGAAAAGAGCAACAAGUUUAAUGAUGCUGUAAAGGCAGCCACAUGUCCCUUUUUGGUGCUGUCAAUCAGACGUGAUUACAUCAUAAGGGAUACCAUGACACAGAUACACCUAAAG